AUGAAGGAUUGUGGUGUCGUGAUAAAUGAUAAUGCUUUGUUUGCCGUUCUCAUUGCUUGCAGCCAGCAGGGGCUGGCAGAGGAAGGUUUCAGACAUUAUGAGAGCAUGCUAUCAGAUUAUGGCUGUUCCCCAAAUACGAAGCACAAAGCUUGCGUAGUUGAACUCCUUGGCCGUGUUGGCAAGAUGGCUGAGGCUGAAGAUUUCAUAAUGGGGUCUGGAUCAGAAAAUGACCCAAUACUUUGGCAUGCACUGUUGCGGGCAUGCAGAAUCCAUGGGGACAAAGAGAGAGGUAUAAAAACCGGAGAGAAAUUAAUGGAACUCGAGCCCUUCGCUGUUACUUCAUAUGUGGUGCUGUACAACCUCUACAUGGAUGCCGGCAAAAUCUCAUUGGCUAUGAAGACUAGAGGCCUGAUGAGAGAGCGAGGCAUGAGUAAGGAAGCCGGGAUUAGUUGGGCCGAGUUUGGGGGAUCCAUCCAUCAUUUUACUGAUGGAAAUAACUCCUGCCCACACAAUAAUGCAGUUCAUGCCAGAUUAGAAGAGUUGCUGGUCAGUGUGAAACAGAAGACCGAGCGUGGUGGAACGGACAUUUGGGAACUAGGAUUCCAGAGCAGAAAGGAUGGCGAGACCUCACUUUCCAGACAUGGUGAACUGCUGGCGGUGGCUCUUGGGCUGUCCACUUUGCCAUCUGCUGCUCCUGUAACAGUUAUGAAGAACCAGAGGAUAUCCUGGGAAAGCCAUGAAACACUGAAGUUGCUAUCAGCAAGGGAAAACAGGGGAAUAAUUGUCAGAGAUCCGACCCAUUUUCAUCGUUUUGAUCAAGGUUCGUGCUCUUGCAGAGACUACUGGUAG